AUGGCGUCCCCAUCGUCGAAUCGCGCUGGCCAGCGACCGAUCCCCUGCCCAUCGAACCCUGUCCUUCUCGCGACGCAGUCUCAAUGGCUCUUUACGGACGAGGAACUCACGAGGACACCAUCGCAACUCGAUGGCAUGAAAAUGGAAGCGGAACAGAUCAGCCGCAGCAAGGGGGUCAAUUUUAUCACGCAAGUCGGAAUCAUGCUCAAGCUGCCACAACUCACCCUCGCGACGGCGGCCGUCUACCUACACCGGUUUUUCAUGCGGUACAGUAUGGUUGAUCUCCCACAGAGGAUGGGUAUGCAUCCAUACCCGAUUGCCGCCACGGCGCUGUUCCUAUCAACCAAGGUGGAGGAGAAUCCUCGAAGAAUGAGGGAGUUCGUUGUCGCAUGCUGUCGGGUGGCACAAAAGCAACCCAACCUGGUUGUGGAUGAGCAAUCUAAGGAGUUUUGGAAAUGGAGAGAUACCAUUUUACAUCAUGAGGACUUGCUUCUUGAGGCUCUAUGCUUCGAUCUACAAUUAGAACAGCCUUACCGGAUCCUGUACGACUUUCUAUGUUUCUUUGGCGUCAGCGAGAACAAGCCCAUGCGUAAUGCGUCAUGGGCCUUUGUCAACGACUCCAUGUAUACAGUGCUUUGUCUUCAGUUUACCGCCCGCACCAUUGCAGCAGCCGCGCUUUAUGCCGCAGCCAGGCAUUGCGAUAUGGGGUUUGAAGAUGAUGGCGCUGGCCAGCCCUGGUGGAAGCAGAUCGAUGUUGAUUUGCCUACAGUACGCUGCGCCUGCAUGCGCAUGGCGGAGCUUUACGAAAAUAAUGCUAUGCAGCGGCAUAGUCAGCACUACCCGACCACGCCCAUACCGUCUGAAGAAGGCGCCGAGAAGACCAGGAUUCUGCGUGCCAACCCUGCAGAGUCCACACCAGAAUCUACGCAGGAGCCUGAGCGGAAGCGGCCAAGGGAACCGGAAGACGUCAUUAGGAAUGGCUCAGACAGUAAUAAGAAGCCUAGGAUCCCCCAAGUGAGCGCGGAGAAACUCUUGAAGGAGACAGAAAAAGACUCUAGCGGCCAGCCUGAGAGUUCCGAAAAGAUCAAGAUUCCCCAUUCCACCCAUGGAACUGGUGGAUCAGAUUUGAACACACGCAAGAGAUCGAGGGAACCCGAGGAAACGCGCCGUUGCGAAUCCAUAAAACCCCAUGAUCAACCAGAGGAAGCGUUGAACGGGGGACGGUCUCCUAAACGACCUCGCACUAGCAGAGAAGAUGGCAGUGACAGCAAACCAGCAGGUUCUGAGACUUCACACCAACCAUCGGUCUCCCACUCGCAAGGCUUGGCUCCGGAUCAGACUUCAGAUCGCCGUACUCCAUCCCAGGAUCGGGAAAGGAGAAAUACGAAUGGCCAUGUAUCGCGCAACAGCCAUAGAUCCCCUACUCCUUCCACAACGGCCAACCCGCGGCAUCACCCACAUCCUCCAUCCUCUGCACGCCGUCCGUCACAACAUUGGCUACCACAGAAUCGUUACAGCGACCACUGGGACAAGGACAGGGAUAGAGAAAUAGAACGGGGUAGGGAUAGGGAAAGAGAUCGAAGGAGAGACCAAGACGACGUCGAUCCCGUCCAGCAGCGAAUCGAUGAAAUCGUCCAGAAAAACCUUUCCUCCCAAGAGCAACCCCCCCGCUCAAAUCUGAAUGACCACAAUGACCGCUGGUCCGACAGACGGCCCUCGGAUCGAUAUCAUAGCCGGGACCGCGACUGGGAUCGGGACCGCGAUAACGAUCGGUACCGUGACCGUGACCGUGGCCGUGACCUCGACCGUGAUCGUGGUCAUGGUCGUGGUCGCGGCCGCAGUCGUGGUUGGGAUUACGAUCGAGAUCGGGACAGGGACAGGGACCGAGAUAGGGAAAGGGUGCCACCGCCUCACCGGAACGAGCGAAGAAGAUCCGCAUCCUCCGAUGGAGGAGGCUAUCGGAACCGAAAACCAAGUCUUCCCAGUAUUAAUAAUGACACCUAUGAAUAUCAGCAUUCCCAUUACCAUUACCCUCCUCCGCGUCACCAAUCCCAAUCCCAAUCUCAAUCUCAACAUCAGUAUCCACCAUAUCAACGCCAACCUCCGUAUCUGCGAGAGAAGGAAACCUCCUCUCUGAGCCAGGAGCCGCCGGAUCGUCGUGAUCCUCCUCGCAAAGGCUCAGUGGUAGAGCCGGAAGAGGGUCAUGGAAGCGAAGAAGGGGAGCUCUAA